UUAAAGUGGAAUAACAGCACUGUAACAGUAUAGCGUGAUGCUAUCCUAAGUCCAGCAGAGUCCAUAGUAAUGGUAGUUGGAACUUAGAAGGAGGGCCUUUCAUGAACUGCUGUGGCCCAGGCAUGAUGGAACUGUGCCUGGCUGCUCUUCUCUCCCUGGAAAGCCAGAGCAGUGGCAUCUGGAAUAAAAGGAAGGCCUCUCACUAUGCGCUGAGCCCUGGGCAUGAUGCUUGGAUGCUUCUUUCUCCCACAGAAACCACAGCCCUGGCAGUUGGAUCGUGGCCUCUCAGCAGCUGCAGGGGCCAAGGCCCCUUCAGAGGCCAAAGCAAACAAGAGUCCACAUACGAAGAACAAAUUGUUAAAAGACAAGUUGUUAGAAUGCCUAUACAUUAGGAUCAAAUAGAAAUUGAAACCUGAGGAGCUUUAUGCAUUCUCUUACAAUCCCAAAAUGCCCAAAGACAAUCGGGAAGCAGGCUGGAACUUGAUAGAUGUCAAAGUCGAUUACCAGAGGAUGGGAAUCCCCAAUGAUUACUGGGAAAUUACUGAUUUCAACAAGGAGUACGAGGUCUGCAACACAUACUCCCCGGAACUAGUGGUGCCUAAAGCCGCUACCAGGGCGAUGGUGCUGGGAAGUUCAAAGUUUCGAAGCCGAGGUCGGAUACCAGUGCUUUCCUACUUCUACAAAGAGAAUAAUGCUGCCAUCUGCCGAUGUAGCCAGCCCUUGUCGGGGUUUAAUGCUCGCUGCCUGGAGGAUGAACAGCUGCUGCAGGCCAUUAGGGAAGCCAACCCUGGAAGCCCGUUCAUGUAUGUUGUAGACACGAGGCCAAAGUUAAAUGCCAUGGCCAACCGAGCUGCUGGGAAGGGCUAUGAGAAUGUUGACAACUAUGACAACAUCCGUUUCAAAUUCAUUGGUAUUGAAAACAUCCAUGUAAUGAGGAGCAGCCUGCAGAAGCUUUUAGAAGUGUGUGAAACAAAAUCUCCUUCAAUGAGUGACUUUCUGACGGGCCUGGAGAACUCUGGCUGGUUACGGCACAUUAAAGCUGUGAUGGAUGCCGGGGUCUUUCUUGCAAAGGCUGUGAAAGGUGAGAAGGCCAGUGUCUUAGUUCACUGCUCAGAUGGCUGGGACCGCACAGCCCAAGUGUGCUCAGUAGCUUGCCUCCUUCUGGAUCCCUUUUAUCGGACAUUUAAAGGAUUCAUGGUCCUGAUAGAAAAGGAGUGGAUUGCGAUGGGCCACAAAUUCGCACACAGGUGUGGCCAUCUGGAAGGCGACCCCAAGGAAGUCUCUCCUGUCUUCACCCAGUUCAUCGAAUGCACCUGGCAGCUCAUGCAACAGUUCCCUUGCGCCUUCGCUUUUAAUGAGCGGUUUCUUCUUGAAAUUCAUGAUCACAUCUAUUCCUGCCAGUUUGGCAAUUUUCUGGGCACUUGCCAUAAGGAGCGGGAAGAUUUGCAAAUCUUUGAGAAGACGCAUUCCCUGUGGCCGUUCCUUCUUCAGAAGAAGCAAGAGUUCAGAAAUCCACUCUAUAAGGGAUUCACAGCUUACCAGGAACUGUGGCCGAACACUUUCCCAUACAGUUUCCAGUUCUGGUGUGGCAUGUACAACCGGUUUGACAAAGGGAUGCACCCAAAGCAGUGCGUGUUGGAUCACCUCCUUGGCUGCAUCAGCCAGAAAUUGGAGUUGGAAGAUGCUGCAACUGAUCUGGAGAACAAACUGCCUCUCUCUGAUGGCUUGCCCCUGCCAGAGGAGAUUGCCAUCUUGUCCAAACUGACAACUGCUUCAACCAGCUGUUCAAAAUCCCCAAUGCUCAACACUCCCCAGGACUAUGAAGGUGAGGAGGUUCCUGCGCUCCUGGCCAAUGGCAGCAUAGCAGGGAAAGAAAGUGAGGGAUCUGACCAUCCAUUGAAGAGCAAGGAGAGCCUCGUGAAUCCCCUCGACAUUCCAGAAGGCGAUGGCGUCACUACCAAUGGGACUGCGCAGCUUGACGCUCAAGGGCAAAAUCUCCAGAACCAUUGAGCUGAGUUGCGCAUCUUGUGUCUGUUACAGGGAGCAGCUGUAAAGCAUGCAAGAGCUGUGGCCUGGCGCCAAGGGAGCCACUUCUGUGGCUAAGUGUUGUGUUCUGUGUUUUGAAAGUGGGCAAGGGAGUGGGGUCCAGAUUGUAGGCCCUUUGAGAGCAGCCGGGUGUGGGGCUGGAAAUAACUGCCCAAAUAGCCAUAGUUAAUGCCAGGCUUCUCCUACCAUCAACGCAUGGCUCCUGUGGCUAAUGUCUGAGGCUAGAUGGCCCUCUUUUAACAUGGAGAAUUUUUAAAGAAAGCCACACAGACCCAGGACCUGAUCUGUGGAGUCAAAAGCAGAGUGAGCUGGUGGUACUGAAAGGUGCCAAUGUCAGUCCAUUUGAAAGAAGCCUUUUGGGGCUGGCUCGCGACACCUUGCAUGGGAAUUUCACAUUUUGUUGGCCCUCUGCUUAUUUUUAUUUUUAAAAUGGUAAGUAGCUGUGCCUUUUAAUUAGAUCCUUUUAAAAACAGAUUUAGCAUUCUGUCCGACUGUUGGCAAUGUGAUUUGUGGCUGUAAUGUGCAAGACUGCCAUCUUUUGGAUCCAUUUCUGCCUUUUUUUUUAAAUGUUCGGAACCUGUCAUUGCCGUCUUGCCGAUAGUUAGCUCUUCAUCAGUGUUAAUGGCAAUGAAUGGUCUUGUGGCACAUAGGCGAUGCAACAAUAGAGAUAAAGGUGGCCAGUGGGCCUUAAAGCACUAAUCCCAGGCCAUCUUGACCGCUUGUUAACAUCUCCUUGUGCUUUUACUAAUUUCGUACACUGGUCAAGUUACCUGAGCAAUUUUUGCCCCAGAACCUCCCCACGUGUCCCAGGUCUACUGGAAGUGACUUUCCCAACCUUGGCAACUGGGACUGCCUAGUGUUAACCACAAAGCUCCUCUGGGAAUGAAGGUCAGGAAAUAGUGGUUCCUAGACUCUGGUCCUCCAGGUGUUUUGGACUUCAGCUCCCAGAAGUCCUAGACAGCUUGCACAGCAGUUAGGAAUUCAGGGAGCUGACAUCCAAAGUGUCUGGAGGACCAAAGUGCUGCAUGUCCAAUUUCCAAUGUCUUGAUGGUAAAAGGUGUGGCAUUUAAGGGUGCUACUUUAUCCAUAAUAUGAACACACUUCUUCUGAGGAAAUGGAUGCCCCUGGAGAUAAAAUAUUCCCCUAUUCUUAGGAGUCCUUGAAAUGAAGGGUCCAUGGAGGUAGACUUCUUCAGAAGUCUGUACUCUGCUGCUGAAAAUGAUGAUUGGUGCUACCUUAGGACUGCCACACUAGAACUGUGGUUCUCAAAGUUUUGGUUCUCCAGGUUUUGGGGACUUCAAUUCCCAAAAGCCCCAGCCCUCCUGGUCAAGUCAGGGAUUCUGGGAGCCAACGUCCAAAAGUCCUGGAAGAUCAAAGAUUAAGAACCACGACUGUGCUGCAUUUCUAAUUGGCCUGAGGAUCCCAAAUCUGAAUUGAUUCAUAUACUCGGGGUAGGAGUUACACGGAAGUAGUGAGGUUUGACAGAAAUCCCUCAGGGUCAUAGAGGAGAAUGAAGCUGCUAAGUAAUGCCUCUCCCCAAGUGACUCACAUACUCUUGGCGCAUGUAUCUUUAUCUUUCCCUCUUCGGUUUCUGUAGUCUUGGCAGCAUUGUGUGGCUCAAAUCAGAAUAGUGGGGUUGUUUGUUUUUUGGCUUCUUCCGUACUGUACUGAGUAAGUGACCUAUUGGAGAAGAAAGAAUCUCCGCAGCUCCUCCAUUGCACUUAGAGCUGAUUUUUGAGACUAUUUUAUAUUGGCUGAGCAUCUACAGAAUUGUCCUUGUGGAAAAGAAAUGUGCGGACCAUCUGGGUGUUUCCUCUACAUGCAAGGCUGGACCAAUAGCGUAUGGUGUGCCGAGUCUGCCUUGUGUGAUCUUCUAAUAAGUGUGCUUUUUAGCAGCCUCUUGGGACAUAGCAUUUGGCCUCUCUUCCUCCUAGCCCUGCUUUUCAUGCUAGCAAAGAGAGCGUAUACUAUGACACUGUAUGGCUGCCUGUCUUUCUUGCUUCAAUGCCUGCUGCUAUGAUGAUAAUAAACCUAGUUUUCAUGGUGGAUGAAAACUCAGGGCUUAAAGCACUCAUAUUAAGCACAGGGACUUGAUAGAAGAAGUGAAAACAGCACUUACUCACAUGUACUUAUUAGCCAGCAGAAGUGGGACCAAAUGUAUAGAGAUGUGAAUCCAUGUGCACUGGACGUUGUUUAUGUUGUAGUCCCAUUCGUGGAAAUGAUAGUUUCCGUUUUCUCUGUUUUCCCUUAUACCAUUUCUAAAACAGAAUUUAACUUUUUUAACGCACAUAUUCUCCUAGAAAGAAAACAUUCCAAUCAAAUGCAGACUAGGCAAUGCAAAAAUAAAUACAUACAUAUAUAUAGUAAAAUAAAGCACUUGUAUGACCUACAUCAUAAGCAUCGAAAUCUUCUGACACUGUAGAGUACACCAAGAUUUUGCAUUCAGAUUUCACUGUCAGCAUGUUCUGUAAAGCGCUUACCUCUCCCUUAGAUUCUUGUGGGAAAUCAUUUGAACGGUGAAUCCAUUCCAUUUUGUGAAAGGAUUGUAGUCACCAUCUCUAAAGCUCUUAUCUCUUUAACUUCUCUGGGAAAAGAUGUGUUAAGUGCAGUGAAUCCUUGAAUGGCUGACGGAGAUUUUAAACUCCUGCGUUUUAAGCCUGAUGUACCAAUCUUUAUUGUCUCCAAAACCUAUAUAUUACUGCCUACCCAUCUUUAUUUGGCAAUAGCCUGAUGAAUGAUUGCUUUUCUUCCAAAUCUAAUCCCCUUUUUUAGGAAGAUAAGCAGUCAUUUUCUGUUCCUUUGGGGCUGCCUCUUAACCUGCGUUUUCCGAUUUCUUACUAUCGACCUCCUCGGUUUUAUCAAACACUCCCCUUAUUCCCAUCUAGUUUAGUUAUCACUCUUGUAGUCUUGAUCCCUAAUCCUUCCUACUCUUUCAAACAUUAAUUUUUUAAUCCCGUUUUCCUUCUUUCUUCUUUUUAAACUACUGUACUGCGUCGAUCUUAAGUACAUUUCGCUUGGUCCAUCCGCACACGCAGCAAGUUGGUUUGGCAAGGGUUCGAACCACAAGAUGACAAGAAGCGAGUAGCAAUAAUAGAAGGGUAGGUCUUCAAGUUUAAGGGACUUGUUUUCUGCCCCAAAAGACAUUCCCCAUGCAAUAUUUCCAAAUGUCCUCACUUUCU